AUGGAACUCUUGGACCUGAACAGAACAUCAAUAUUUCAAAGCCCCUUGGGAUUUCUUGAUCUGCAUACAGUGCUGCUGGAUGAGUAUCAAGAGCGUCUCUUCGUGGGAGGCAGGGACCUUGUCUAUUCCUUGAACUUGGAACGAAUCAGUGAUGGCUACAGAGAGAUAUACUGGCCGAGUACAGCAGCAAAAGUAGAAGAAUGCAUAAUGAAAGGAAAGGACACAAGCGAGUGUGCCAAUUAUGUUCGGGUUCUGCAUCACUACAACAGGACACACCUUCUGACCUGUGCUACUGGAGCCUUUGACCCACUUUGUGCCUUCGUCAGAGUCGGGUACCGUUCAGAGGAACCCCUGUUCCACUUGGAGACACACAGGUCUGAGAGAGGAAGGGGCAGAUGUCCUUUUGACCCCAGCUCCUCCUUCGUCUCCACUCUAGUUGGCAGCGAACUGUUUACUGGACUCUACAGUGACUAUUGGGGCAGAGACUCUGCGAUCUUCCGCAGUCUGGGCAAGCUAGGCCAUAUUCGCACGGAGCCUGACGAUGAGCGGCUGCUGAAAGAACCAAAAUUUGUAGGUUCGUAUAUGAUCCCUGAUAAUGAAGACCGGGAUGACAACAAAAUGUACUUCUUUUUUACUGAGAAGGCAUUGGAAGCGGAGAACAGUGUCCACACGAUCUAUGCCCGCGUGGGGCGGCUGUGCGUGAAUGACGUGGGAGGACAGAGAAUAUUGGUGAACAAGUGGAGCACUUUCCUUAAAGCGAGGCUGGUCUGCUCUGUACCAGGAGUGAACGGAAUCGACACGUACUUUGAUGAGCUGGAGGAUGUGUUUUUACUGCCUACCAGAGAUCCUAAGAAUCCAGUAAUAUUUGGACUGUUUAACACUACCAGCAAUAUAUUUAGAGGCCAUGCUAUAUGUGUCUAUCACAUGUCAAGUAUCCGGGAAGCCUUUAAUGGCCCAUAUGCACAUAAAGAAGGCCCUGAAUACCACUGGUCACUAUAUGAAGGAAAAGUCCCUUACCCAAGGCCUGGUUCUUGUGCCAGCAAAGUGAAUGGAGGCAAGUAUGCAACCACCAAAGACUACCCUGAUGAUGCCAUUCGAUUCGCAAGAACUCAUCCACUAAUGUACCAGCCCAUAAAACCUGCUCACAAAAAACCAAUACUAGUAAAAACUGAUGGAAAAUACAACCUGAAGCAACUAGCGGUGGACCGAGUGGAAGCUGAGGAUGGCCAGUAUGAUGUUUUAUUUAUUGGGACAGAUACAGGAAUUGUGCUGAAAGUGAUCACAAUUUACAACCAAGAAACAGAGUGGAUGGAAGAAGUCAUUCUAGAGGAACUUCAGAUAUUUAAGGAUCCAGUUCCUAUCAUUUCCAUGGAAAUCUCUUCAAAGAGACAACAGCUCUACAUCGGAUCACCCUCAGCUGUGGCUCAGGUCAGAUUCCAUCACUGCGACAUGUAUGGCAGUGCCUGUGCCGACUGCUGCCUGGCUCGAGACCCUUACUGUGCCUGGGAUGGCAUAUCCUGCUCCAGGUACUACCCAACAGGUGCACAUGCAAAAAGGCGGUUCCGCAGGCAGGAUGUCCGGCAUGGUAAUGCUGCCCAGCAGUGCUUUGGACAACAGUUUGUUGGAGACGCUUUGGACAGGACUGAGGAGAGGCUGGCUUACGGCAUAGAGAGCAACAGCACUCUGCUGGAGUGCACCCCACGGUCCUUACAAGCAAAAGUCAUCUGGUUUGUUCAAAAAGGACGUGAUAUGAGAAGAGAAGAGGUGAAGACAGAUGACAGAGUGGUGAAGAUGGACCUGGGUUUGCUCUUCCUCAGAGUGCGCAAAGCAGAUGCGGGCACCUAUUUUUGCCAGACGGUAGAGCACGGCUUUGUCCACACUGUGCGUAAAAUCACGCUGGAGGUGGUGGAAGAGCAGAAGGUGGAGGGGAUGUUUCACAAGGACCCCGAGGAGGAAAGACAUCACAAGAUGCCCUGCCCCCCUUUAAGCAGUCUACCUCAGGGCACGAAACCCUGGUACAAGGAGUUCAUGCAGCUGAUUGGCUACAGCAACUUCCAGAGAGUGGAAGAAUACUGCGAAAAGGUGUGGUGCACAGAUAAGAAGAGGAAAAAGCUAAAAAUGUCUCCCUCCAAGUGGAAGUACGCCAACCCCCAGGAAAAGAGGCUCCGCUCCAAAGCCGAGCACUUCCGCCUGCCCAGGCACACGCCGGACUCCUGAGGGCGCCCCCUGGCGGCUGCCGCGGGACGAGCCUGGAGACCUUGAAAGGGAAGAGAAAUCCAGGGACUGACAGCGGGGACGCCUUUGCAGGGCUCCGAGAGGCGGGAAGCUGUUUUAAGUUAUUCUGCACACUCAUCCUCCUGUACAAACCGCGCACAGUACUAGUACUUACGCGAGUGCAUUGCUUCAAAGGCUUCACUUUGUAUUUAUCAACACAUGACCGUGGCUGUAAUUUUGAGUUUGAGCUGCUUUUCAGGGAAAUAAUUUCACCAUUGGAAUAUUUAAUAUAAUUAUAAUAUUAAAGAAAAAGUUAUAGAUUUUCAUAAUCAAAAAAAUGUAAAACUAAAUAAGCUUUAAUCUUUCUGGAGUUUUCCUUGUAACCAUAAGGUAAAAUGCACAGAAUAUCAGAUACUUUAGGAUUCUCCUGUGAACUUCCUGUUCUGUUAUGGAUUUUUUUAAGCCAUGUGUUUUAAGUAGCUGUGUUGUGAUUGCUAUAAACCAACCGUAAAAGCAACCUGCGACCCGCCGUUCUAAGACUUGUUCCUUCCAUGAGACAUUCACUAAACUGUAUUAAAUACUUCUGUUUUAUAAACAAGACGUAGCCUUUAAAUUUCACUCCAGCGUGGAAGGAAGGAAGGAAGAUAAUCUUUCAGAAAGAUAUUUCAAAUAAUGUCAACCAUUGAAAGUAGAAUUCUAAUCAAAAGGUCUGUGCUGCCCUCUUGUGGUAGAAGAAGGCAUAGUCGCUUAUAGAGAUGUUUGCGCAAUUACCCCGCAAAGAUUUGAAAUAUUGUAUGAGCAGAUAUAUCUAGUUCAUUUUCAGAAAACUCAAAUAAGAGAGAAAAAACAUAAUGCUUAUACCACGGUUUAAUAUGGAAAUAGUAUGCUUGUAGAUAGUUCAUGCCUUUAAAAUACAGUGACGAUAUUAGCAGCAUUCGAGCUUUUAAAACGUAAAAGGCUAGCUUGUUGCCGACCAACCCUUCCCCAAAACCCGAAAUACUGGAAGUGUGCUUUCCUGUCAAGGAACUAUCAAAGCAUUUUCCUCUCAUUUUCUAUGAACAAAAAUUGCUUCUUUAUUCAUUUAACUACUGAAAUCUUCAGAGAAUCAUUAUCUUUGUCUUAUAAUUACCAAAAUUUAUAUUUUUCAGAAUGUUUAUUUCUUGAAAUCUUUCUUCUCUGUAUUUUACAGAGUUACCUUUCUAAAAUAUGAGACUUUUCAGGUAAAUAAGAGUAAAGCAAGUAUAUAACAGCAUUCAAGAAUAGCUAUUCAGACAUCACACUUAAAUAUUUAGGUCUGCUAUCUCAGUAUGCCAUAUAAUUAAGAAUAUAAGGUGUUGAAACUCCUAAUGGAUGUAUUUUUCACUCUAAGAUGAGUAUUACUCACACAAAUCGUCCACAGAGGUUUUUAAAGUCCAGAAUUUCUAAAACGUAAAGAGAAAAUUUACCUCCUCUGAAAAGGUCAUGUGUUAUUGCCCCCAGAAUCCACGAGGGGUCACUGUUGUCCACCAAAAGUAAUUGAAAAACCACUUGACUUGGAAGCUUUUUAAAAUACUGUAUUUCAGGAAUACAAGGAAGCGGAGGGAGAUGGGGAAUUAAAACUAUAAACACAAUUCACUAGUUCCUAAGGAACAUGCAUGUCUGGAAUCUUCCAAGGGGACAGACAAAUCCAUGUAAGAAAUUUUAAGACAAUUCUUCCACUAAGCAAAUUAAAGAUAAGGGGAAGAUUUUCUCUUAGAUCCAUGUUGAAUAAUAAAAUGAAGUAAAUCAGAUAUACAUAAGCACAUUCUAAUCUUAAUGCGCUGGUAGGCAGUUAAAGAGGAAAAUGAUGACAUUGUGAGCUAAGAAUUUAAACACUUUUUUAAAACAAUCAUUAAAUGCACAUUAAGAUUAUGUGACUAAAAUAAGACAUUAAUCAGAAAAAAUUAAAUUAAAUGACUAAAGGUUGUUCUGGGAAGAUAAGUUCAAUCCAAAGACAGUUUUAAAAUGUAUCAAUUAAAAUGAAAUCUGACAAAAUGUAGAAGGCCUGGGUCCAAAUUUAAGUAGAACAUUAUGAUAUAUAAAUAUAUGUUUAUAUGUACUAUAUUCAUGUAUUAUACAUGCUUCUAUAUACCUGUUUAUGGUAGCUGCUUAAAACCAUGAGAGAGAGAGAGAGAGAGAGAGAGAGAGAGAGAGAGAGAGAGAGAGAGAGAGAGAGAGAGAAUGCAGUUUCAGUUUCCAAGGACAACAGAUGUAACACUGUUUCUGGCCCUCUCUGCUCACCACCCUUGCUGGUAGACUGCUGAGUAGGAUUAAGACAAAUCACUAGCCCCUUUCAAAGUUCAAACCAACAGGAUACAAAUCAGCUAAGUAUUUUUAAAAGUCUUAAGCCUGUCAUAAGCAUCUCUAGCCUUUUGAUGGUCCCAGGGUUAGAAUUCAAAACGACUCCCCUUUGAAAAGAAUUCCAUUGAACCUUGAACUCAGGCACGUUAUCUGUAUGACUCUGUCAAAGGUGAUAAGAGCUAACCUUGAGCUACCCAGACAUGACCUUGAUGAAGAAAAUAGAUCCUCAAAGCACACAACUGACCUAGGAUUCCAACUUCCCAUCCCUGUUUCCAAGGGGCCCUUUGUAUGGCCAGUCUCCUGCUUCUCCAGAGCCCAGGGACCAUAAACUGAGUUGCCCUCUCCCUCAAUAUAAUGCUACUACCUACAGCAGGCCCACACUUAAAAGGGAGGUCAUGACCUUGGGAGUCAUUUCCAUGCCUACUCUUCUGCAAUGCUAUCUUUUUUCUUUGGCACCGACACUGAAUAUUUCAAGGAGAAAUUUUCAAUUUUACAACAGGAAAGAAAAAUAGAAAUAAUUCUAACAAAGCCAGAGCAGAGGAUUAAAAGUCUACAUUGGUUUUGUGAGUUUCAAUGAACAGAAUAUAUGUGAUCAACACUACACAUCACACUAAACGUCUUCCUUUCCAUAACUGGCUAAAUCAGUAGGGCGCUUUUACUGGGUAUUUAGCAGUUGCUGUAGGGUGCAGAGUUUUGUAAAUCUUCAUAGUAAUUAUGAAUACUAGUAAAAUUUGUGCAGUAUAACAAAUCAGUUUGAAUGUUAGUCUGAAGCAUGAGAGAAACACAGUUGUUGACUUUAGAAAUGUAUCUUUGGCCUGUCAAACAUAUGGAGUACUUAGUGAUAUAUAGAUCUUUUACGUCCCAGGUAACCAUCACACUGUGAUGAAGAAGGGUCACCGGUUCCUGUUAAAUCUACUCCCCAUUUUUCAGGCUAAUAAUUGCUGAUUUGAAUCAGAUAUAAAUGUUAUAUUCUCCAUAAACUCUCUUUUGCUUGUAGCAGCAUUAAUAUAUGAACAUAUAUUAAUAUAAGAACAUAUAUUAAUAUGUUCUUAUUGUUUUGGGAGGACAGCUUUACAUACUGGCUUUCAUUUUACAUAGAAUGACUUAGCUCUGAGCUAGAACACAAUUCUGGAGUGUCGUUGUCUUGUGGUAUCUCUUGUCUCUUUAGCAGAGUCUAUAAAGCAUGUGCCAUAUUGUUUCUUUCCACCCAUGGUAAGCUCCGAGACUCAUCACCUGGUGAUGGGAAACAAGGACCAGUGACUGUGUGUCUCCGUGACCCUCACUUCGAUCCACCACCCUCCACUACACAGUCUGUACUAUUCAAUGGAAUUUCUAUUUGGUUCAGCUUAGAUGAAAAAGAAAUAAAUAUUCUCCAAAAUA